AACGUGCGCGGACGACGACAGUCCAGCAGGAGCGAUACCUUCCCGUCCAUUUGAGGAAGCAAGAAGUGAAUCCAUCCUGAUGAUGUCAGACCACGGCGUCCCGUGUAACGGAGAAGAGGCCUCCUACUGCAUGAACGGAGGGACCUGCUUCAGACUCACCUCCAUGAGCGCGCUCUCCUGCGUGUGCAACGAGAAUUACAAGGGCAGCAGAUGCGAGCAUUUCCAGCUCUUCACCACCUCCUCCAGCGGCAACACCGUGGGGUUAAUUGUAGCCCUGGUCCUGGUCGCCGUCCUCAUCUUAGUGGUGCUGGCCUUUGUUAUCUACUUCAUACACAAGAUGCUGAAGGAGAAGCAGAUGCAGAGCCAACAGAGCAGCCAGACGCAGUAUUGGAAAGUAAAGCCCAGAGUAUGACCGUUUCCUCUCCUGUGAGGAUGCCAGUCUUGGAGGCUGGACGCUGCAAAUUCCCACCAUUCCAUUCAUGCCUGCCGCAGACCAGUCCAACCCAAAGACACGCUGGGCUCAAGCGCACAAAGGCUGACGUCCAGUCGGAUCCUGCUCUGACGCGCCGCUCUCUUUACUUGGUGAAAGUGUUUUAUGUAACGGUAUUUAUUUGUGCAGAGCUCCGCUGCCGGCACAAACCUGUUUUUCUUUUAUCCCUUGUUUUUACCGAUUAUGAGAGGAAUGACCACAGUCCUAGAAAGACCUCUCCUCCAUUUGUGCCACGAUAAACUUAAAUGAGGAGAAAAAAGGAGAGAGAGAGCCAGCACUUCCAGAAGGUUCUUCUGAAUGAACUCUGGCAUGGAAAUGGCUUCACAGCCUCCAGACGGGAGUCUAAGUUGCACAGUCACACUGUGAGAUAUCAAUAAAAAAAUAAAAAGAUAAUUUGGGGAAUAUUUUUAGAUCUAUUUUUUAAGAUGUAAGUUGAAUAAAACAUGUUUUUCUAAUUUAAAAAAGUCAUAAAAAAGCUCUGUAAUGGUUUCCUCCUGAUUUUCUAGCGAAAAAAUGUAUAAGAAAAUAGAAACAAGAAAAUAAUAAAUCAUAAAAAGUCAAUAUAAAUAAUUUAUAAAUAACAUAAAUAGGUCUGAAAUAGUUUCCGCCAAUAAAGGCCAAUAACUUUGCAAUUCAUUCUUAUCAAUAGCCAAUGUCAUUAUCUUGAGUCGGCAAAAUGAAUAACAUACUAAAACACAUACUGUCAUACUUAUUUACACAAUCGAGUUGUUUGCGUUUGUCUCGAUUAAUGCAGGUUUCAGGAUACAAAAACAACUUGCAGUUUUGUGUGAAGCUCAGCGUAUUAAUAGACACCGUGGGCCGCUAUUUAUAGGUUCUUCUGAAUACAAUUAAAGUGCAAAUUAAAAUGCAUGUAAUUGUGACACGAUGCUCGCACACAGCUUUGGUGACCCACAUUCUGUCUGACAAUGUUCAUCCGACUGCAGUCCAAAAUGAAAGAAUCAUCGUUGUCAUGUAGUUCAUUCAUGACGGCUUUUAUUUUACAAAAACUGUAGUCAAAAUUAGGUUUCAUUAAAUAAAAAAAUGCGGCAGCUGGAACGUGAAGACAAGAUGAAUCAGACUGGACCAGUUCUAAAUGGCAGAAUAUGCAACACGCUUCACAGAUUUAGACGGAUUUAAAAGUAUGAUUUAAAAAAGGCAAGUUGUUUUUUCAUAUGGCUCACCCUAGUGGCAAGUCCUAUAACAGCGCAAGUGAAAUGAUCUUUCAAUAAAUACACCAUUAAAAGGCGGA